CUGCGCCUGCGCCUCCCCCGCCCCGGGCACGCUCUGCGGGAACGGCUCGUCUGCCCACGGAUGCCAGGAGCAGGGCGCCGGCUUCCCCCCGCCACUGCGCAUGUGCAGGAGCUCGUGCCCCCUAUUUCUGACCGUCCUUCCGCCUUCCAGGGCCCACGUGCGUUCGGCUCUGCGGAGCGAUUGGCUGCGCGGGCGCUUCCGGGUGGUGCUUGCGGGGGAGGCAUGUUGGUGCUGGUACUAGGAGAUCUUCACAUCCCACAUCGAUGCAGCAGCCUCCCAGCCAAAUUCAAAAAGCUGCUGGUUCCAGGAAGGAUCCAGCACAUCCUCUGCACUGGAAACCUUUGCACUAAGGAGAGCUAUGACUACCUCAAAACUCUGACUGCGGAUGUUCACGUAGUUCGAGGGGACUUUGAUGAGAACCUGAAUUACCCAGACCAGAAAGUUGUAACUGUGGGGCAGUUUAAAAUUGGGUUGAUCCAUGGCCAUCAAGUUAUCCCCUGGGGUGACAUGGGUAGCCUUGCACUGCUACAAAGACAACUGGAUGUGGACAUCCUGAUAUCGGGGCAUACACACAAAUUUGAGGCCUUUGAAUAUGAGAACAAGUUCUACGUAAACCCAGGGUCAGCCACGGGAGCCUACAAUGCCUUGGAGAUGAACAUCAUUCCUUCAUUUGUCCUGAUGGACAUCCAGGCAUCCACAAUUGUGACUUAUGUAUAUCAACUAGCUGGGGAUGAGGUGAAAGUAGAAAGAAUUGAAUAUAAAAAAUCCUAAGGAGCUGUCAGUGUCGUGGUACUUCUUACCACUCCUUGUCUUCUUCCAAUCAGGUCAGCUCACUAAGUAAUUAGGUCUGUGGAUGUCAUUGCAGCACUUGUGACUUUUUUUACACCUGAAAAAGCCACUACCACUUUAUUCUUUAUUGUUUGUAAGCUUAUUGUAACUUAAUCAUCCCCAUUUACUGUUUAAAUUUGCAAGCUCUAGUGUGCCACUGAUGAACUACCUCCUUUGUACAAAAUAGCUUGCAAGUAUCCAGUGUUAACAGAGAUGGGGGGGGGGGUGUGUGUGUGAGAGAUGUGAAUGCAUGGGUAUGUUGUAGUAGUUUGGUUCUGAACGAAUUACACAAUUCUGACAGUAGUUAAAUAAACACUCUCUCAUGUA